AAGUUUUGUGGCCAUGGAUGGAUCCCAAGUCCCAACCCAAAAAGAUGGAAAUUUUUAUAUAUAAAGAGUUAGUGGCUCUGCAUGUGCUCUGCCAUGUCAAUGUUUUGCUUUUUGAGGAUAAUAACUCACCGUCCAUCCUUAAGAUUCUCAAAUCAUUUCUUAUAUAUUUCUCUGUUUUCUUUCUCUCAUUCACUCUCUCUCUCUCUCUCUCUCUCUCUCUCUCUCUCUCUCUCUCUCUCUCUCUCUGUAUUAAGGACGAUGGGUGAAGAACAGAAAGUGGAAGAACAGAAGGUAGAAGAACCAAAACCAGAGGAAAAGAAAGAAGAAAAUGCCGAGGAGAAACCUCCAGCUGAAGAGAAAAAAGAAGAAGAACCAAAACCACCAGCUCCCUUUGUGUUGUUUAUUGAUUUGCAUUGUGUUGGAUGUGCCAAAAAGAUUGAGAAAUCCCUCUUGAGAAUUCCAGGAGUUGUAGGGUUGGACAUCGACAUGGGGAAGAACCAAGUGACGAUAAAAGGAGUGGUGGAACCGCAAGCAGUGUGUGAUAAAAUAACCAAGAAAACAAAAAGAACCGCCAAAGUUUUGUCUCCUCUUCCUGCUAACGAAGGUGAUCCCAUUCCUCAAGUCGUUGCCUCUGAAGUCCCUGGAUUAAUUACAGUCGAGUUGAAUGUCAACAUGCAUUGUGAAGCAUGUGCUCUGCAACUCAAACGCAAGAUCCUCCGAAUGAAAGGGGUGAGAACAGUGGAAACAGAAGUGGGUUCAAGUAAAGUGAUGGUCACAGGAAGUAUGGAUGGUGAGAAGCUGGUGGAGUAUGUGUAUAGGCGUACAAAAAAGCAAGCAAAGAUCGUGCCACAACCAGAGCCGCCAGCGGCGGAACCAGCACCGGAAGCAGCUGAGAAGCCCAAAGAAGAAGAGGCUGCAGCAAAACCUGAGGAGAAACCAGCGGAAGAAGCAAAACCAGAAGAGAAACCACCAGAAGAAGAAAAGAAGGAAGGUGGUGGUGGUGGUGGUGCUGAUGGAGAGAAGGAGGAGGGGAAGAAGGAUGGAGGAGAGAAGAUGGAGUUGGUUGACAUGCAAAGGGUGAUGUAUUAUCAUCAGUAUCCGCCGUUGUAUGUGAUGGAAAGAAUCCCACCACCGCAACUCUUCUCAGACGAGAAUCCAAAUGCAUGCUGCAUCUCUUGAAUCCCGGUAUAAAUAAAUCAUAACAUUCAGUCACAAAUAUUUUAGAAUGUGAUUUGAAUGUUACAUUGUUAAUUGAUUUAUUAAUUAAUAUAAUUAUCAAGUCUUCCCAUUUA